UGCUCCCAUCUGAGGGAGGAGGGCUGGCGGCGUACAGCGUCUGCCCCUUUCUUUCCCUCUCUCUCUCUCUCUCUUGGUUUUCCACAAAGCGUCUUGCUGCCGGGAGCCUGAGAUCUGAAGGCUAGACACAGGGCUGCCAGGCUCUCCUCCUUUCUGCCCCACUAGCAAGGGGUGGCGGAAGCGUUUACUUGGAGGGGGAUGCUGUAGAAGACCAGAGGCAAAGGCAAGCAGUGGCUCUGGCAGCAGCCAGUCCUCCUGCCCCAAAGGGCCAAAAGCAAUGAAGAUAACACUGACACCAAGUGCCCUUUUGCUCAUCUGCCUGAUAAUCCAGGCAUAUUGCAAUGAGAAGGAUGUGGAGCAGAGGCCUGGAGCACCAACACAACCUCCGCCAACCCAGCAUCACACUUCCAGGCCCGAGAAUCACCAUGAGAAAUACAGCAAGCGGCCCAGAGGGUCAGAGUGCGUGCGAUGCUGCGAUCCUCCAGAGCGCAUUUCAGCAUACCCCAUGUACCAGCCCAUGCCUCAGAUCAACGUUACCAUCCUGAAAGGUGAGAAAGGGGACCGUGGUGAACGUGGCCCCCAAGGGAAGCUGGGCAAGGCUGGUUCUACGGGAAGCAGGGGCCAGGCGGGCCUCAAGGGGCAGAAGGGGAACAUAGGGGCCCCGGGGGAGCGGGCCAAGACCAACUACGCUGCCUUUUCAGUGGGCCGAAGAAAACCCUUGCACAGCAACGACUACUACCAGACUCUUGUCUUUGACACCGAGUACGUGAACCUCUAUGGACACUUCAACAUGUUCAUGGGCAAGUUCUACUGCUAUGUGCCCGGCAUCUACUUCUUCAGUCUCAAUGUGCACACCUGGAACCAGAAGGAAACCUACCUGCACAUAAUGCACAAUGGGGCUGAGGCGGCCAUCUUGUACGCCCAGGCCAGCGACCGAAGCAUCAUGCAGAGCCAGAGCCUCAUGCUGGAGCUGCAGGACCAGGAUGAAAUCUGGGUGAGGCUCUUCAAGGGUGAGCGCGACAAUGCCGUCUUCAGCGAUGAAUACGAUACAUACGUUAUUUUCAGCGGGUACUUAAUCAAACCCAACUCUGAGCCUUGAAUCUGCUGACAGAUGGACAAAAUACGGCCAAUAACGUCACCUGGCUCUAACCUUGUAGUGUUUCUCUACUUGCUGAUUUCUAACCCUACUUAUCUGCCAUAACCCAGCCUUGACCUCUGAUAUGACCUUUAUCCUCAUCAAACAAUCACCCCACUUUCCCUGGACAAGGUUUUUCCCCUGCUUCAAACCUCUGGUCCUUCUCUCUUCCCUCUGCCCGCAAGUCUUAAGCCUUAAGUUGGCGUCAAUAUUCCCAGUCAGAUCAUCACACUAAUCUAACUUCUGCUCUUAUGGGACUGACUCCCCAUGCACAGUCAUUCCCUCUGCUCUAAGACUGGGACUCACACCCUCCUAGAUAAUAAUGACACUUCUUCUAUACAAGUGUCCUUAGACUGAUUUUCUUAUUUUAUUCUUGCUUUGCCAUUCUCAGCCUUUGAAAACACAUGUCCUGCUAGAAUCUUCCCUUGCCCCUCCACAAAAUAUUUAAAACAGGAUUGCACAAUUUCUGUUCACGCUGACCUCAAGGCUUGGUCCUUUCUGUACUGUGUUCAUUAUCAAGAGGAAUUAAAAUUUAAAAAAGAAAGAAGGGGAAACAAACAGCAGUAAUAUGCAGAUAAUACGAAUAAUACCAGUAGAACACAGUUCCCAUUGUAGAUACAGUGACUAUCAGAAGAGGAAUGUUAAACAUAUAAGAUGAUAGAAGCCUUCCAGAUGCCCAAGGAGGUAUCCACUUUGAAUUGGUGCUUAUAUGAAAUAACCAGGGCAGUGAAGACCUCAGACCACUGUGCAAUAGACAGCAUGUAUUUAUCCUUCCGGACUUGAAACAAAACCCACUUUUGUUGCCUGGUUCAGUCAUUCUUAGGAAGAUAGGAAUCUCUCUUAUAUGAAGUCAGACAACUGGUCAGUCUAGUUCAUUGCUACCUACAGUGACUGGAAGCAGCUCUCCAGAAUUUCAGGAAGACAUCUCUCCACGACCUUCCCAGAGAUGCUUGAGACUGAACCUGGGAUCUGCAACCAAAGGAGCUGCUCCACCACCACUGGAUCUCACAACUAGAUCCCAGCUGGGCAAGGACCUUAUCUAUUGUCCAUUGUUUAUGCCCAUUGUGGGGAAACCUCUGGUUUGUGGGCCCAGAAUCUCAGAACUGUAGAGUUGGGACCAUGAGGAACAUCUAGUCCAAUCCCACGCAAUGCAGGAAUCUUCUCAAACCCAUGGCUCUGAGAUUAGGUGUCUCAAGCUCUGCCAACUGAGCUAUCCCUAAUGAGUUGUUCCGAAUGGCCCACAUGGCUGUUUAUUGACAAACAAUUUAAAAAAAUAUAUUUUUGAUGUCACCUGUUAAUCAGGUCCCUUCUAUUUGCUGUUGACCUCUGACGUUUAGGCUGUCAGUUUCAUUUCAGAUUUUAAGUCUCAAGAGUUUUCAGCAAUGCAACUGUGCCUCCUUCCAUGCUUCCUCUUCCCGGACCUUAUCAAUAUCCUUAAUCUGCUCUCUCCUUCCACCUCCUCCCUUGUUAUCUGUAAAUACCUCCUUCUCUAACCUUGGCAAAUAUUCUUCUCUUUACUCAGCGUGACACACAUUAGUGCGUGAACGCCCAGCCCUAUUCACUGAGCCAGUUUGGAAUACAUGGUGUGGUUUGCUGCAAAGGGCACUCGCCCUUUUCUUCCUGGAAAUAUGGGAGCAGGAGGUGUCAAUCCAUUCAGAUGCUUCCUGUCUAUACAUUUGCCCGUUUCUGGACUGCAUUCUGCUAACAGCUUAGCACCAAGGCAGCAGUAUUUCACCAAGUUCUAUCUUCCAUACCCCAAGCUGCCGUCUCAGUUCCUUGGCAUGAGGUUAGCCAUACACCAUGAGUGAAGUGAGCAGAGUUCAAUGGUUUACUGAACAAGGCUCUGUUGGUAUCCAAGCCUCCCUGCUGGACAGGGAAGGCCUGCAAUGUCUGGCCUGCCUCUACUGCCAGCAUCCUUGUUCCAGGCAGGCACAGUAAAAUAAGAAACCCGUCCCUGUAGAACAAAACAGGGAGAAAGCUAUACAAUUGUUUAGCAUUGAGCACCAUAGGGUCCUGUUAGCCCUGCAUUUAUUUUUGAGGAGUCUUUCCAAGCUGAACAAAUCCUCCUGUUCCUGCUGCAUUCUACUGCCACCAAACACUCCUGUGAGCAGUUGGGCCUGAGCACAUCUUUCAUAGUGAUGUGAAGGUCCGGGGGGGGGGAUGGAAAACUGCAACAGCAAACAGGUUUCCCACCAAUUUUCUAUACAUGUACAUACACCCGUCCACAUCAGGACCUGGAGAGGUCAUUAGAGGGCUUGACCCCUUUACCCACUGCAGCAGAACCAAUCCAGAUCAGGGUCCCUGCUGCUAUUUGCAUUGGAAGGGAAACUUCCAUGGAUUCAAAAUGGUGAAAGCAAUUGCAGUUUCUGUUUCUGGCAGCCCCCAUCAUUUUUGCUGGGCCUGACAGGAAGUUGCUAUACCCUGCAGGCAUCCAGACCCAAAGUCUCUUGGCUAGCUCUGCUGAUUAGGCCUUCGACUUGGGGGAUGUGCGUUUUACGCCAUGUUUUACAUUUUUGUGCCAUGGAAUUCACUAAUUCUGCUUUUGCAUUAAACCUACAGAAGCAAUUAGAACAACUAAGCAAUACCCUGGCAAACUUCCCUUUCAACUCUGCUCUUUCUCAUGUAAGGAAUUAAGCUUCCAUUUUUACACAAGCACUCCACAACUCCUGGAAGGGCUGGUACCUUGUACCACAAGGGUAUGGUUUUGCAUAUGAGGAAAGGGACCCCAAGGGUUUUAAAUUAUGAGCCCGUGACUCAUAA